UGGAAAAAAGCACGUGAGUUUGAGUUAUUCAAUCACUAGCUCUCGAAGGAGAAACUCUCACGUAUCUCCACUUUUCAAAGGAAAAUGGUUCCUUAACUUAGCAGCAGCAAAUUAUUCACAUUCUUUAUUUUUUAAAAACAACAACAACAAAACAUUCCCAUGUCAAAGAGACUCUGUGUCACAGCUGAAUCCACAGCAGAGAUUGAAAUAACCUCAUCUGAAUUCUCAUCUCUGUGUCCCGGUUUAAACCCCCCCACUUCAGAGAGCAGUGAUCUUUGAGCCAUCGGGUCUGAAUUUCCUGGAAAGGAAACACGCCCAUUCGCAGACGCAAAAGAGAGAAAACUAAACCAUCUCUCUCUUCGUGGCGAGGCAGCCAUGGCAGGGAGUCCGGCGCAGGAUCUCUGUGACGAAGCCAUUUGUUCCAUCUGCCUAGAGUAUUUCCAGGAUCCAGUCAUCAUCCCGGAGUGCGGGCACAAUUUCUGCAGAUCCUGCCUGAGCCAGUGGUGGGAGAAAUCUGAGGCGGAGGCUUCCUGCCCCCAGUGCAGAGAACAAAUUAAGCAGAGGAACCUCAUCCCGAAUCAGCCACUGGCAACUGUUUUGGAAACGCUGAGAGCCAAAGAACUCAGUCUUCGGGGCUGGGAAACGGUAGGAGGAAAGGAGAGGUGUGAGACACACCAGGAGCCCCUGAAACUCUUCUGCAAGGACCACAAAAGGCCCAUCUGUCUGGUGUGUGACAGAUCCAAGGAACAUGAAAGCCACAAGGUGAUUCCUCUGGAGGAGGCUUCCCAGGAGUACAAGGAUCAGAUCAGCAGCUGCUUAGACAAUCUGAGGAAGAAGAAAGAGAAAACACUGGCAUUUAAAGCAGACAUGGAAAAAGAAAGUCAAGACCUGCUUAAACAAAUAGAAGCAGAGAAGGGAAAGAUGGUGGUUGAGUUCAGACGACUGCGCCAGUUUCUGGAAGAACAAGAGAAGUCUCUGCUGGCCCAGAUGGCAGAAGUGGAGAAGGAGAUUGCAAAGAAAAGAGAGGAGCACCUGGCCAGACUCUCUGGGGAACUCUCCUCUCUUGAAAGCCUCAUCCGGGAGAUGGAGGAGAAGCGUUGGCAGCCAGCGAAUGAACAACUGCAGGAUAUUGGAAGCUUCUUACAGAGGUCUCAAGCAAAGGAGAAGUUGGAGAACCUUCCUGCGCCUUUCCCCUCUGCACUGAAGUGGAAGAUCUGGGAUUUCUGUGAUAUAAAUCCCUUUCUGGAAGGUGUCAUGAAGCAGUUCAGAGACUCUCUGGGAUCAGGACUUCAGCUGAGAAAAGAAAAUGUAACUUUGGAUCCCAACACAGCAAAUCCCUGGCUCCUCUUGUCUGAGGAUCGUAAGAGUGUGAGGCGAGGAGGAGAACGUCAAGUUCUGCCUGACAGACCUGAGAGAUUUAACAACUAUUAUUACGUGCUGGGUCGUGAGGGGUUCACAGCAGGCAGGCAUUUCUGGGAAGUCACCGUGGGGAGCGAUGAGGGGUGGGCUGUGGGGGUUGCCAAAAGUUCUGUCCAGAGGAAGCAGGUGAUCACUGCUGGUCCCGAAGAAGGAGUCUGGGAUCUGGGGAAGUGGGGAGGCGCAUACAGGGCUGCCUGUCUUGGUUCACGGACUGUUUUGCCCCUGAGUUGCGAGCCCAGGAGGAUCCGAGUGACCCUGAACUGUGAAGGGAGGCGGAUGGCCUUUUACGAUGCCGAUAGAGCAGCCCGCCUCUGCACGUUCUCAGCAGCCUCCUUCUCAGGAGAGACCCUCCAGCCCUUGUUUUCUGUGUUCAGUAAGGGCCAUCUAAACCUGCCUGCCUAAGGGUGGAGGCAGACAAGAUAGAGGAACCCCGCGCUGUCGCCACACGCAUGCUGCUUCCUUCCCAGGAAUGAGCUCAGAGGUUACUUUCUCCCUGAGGAGAAGCCAUAUUUGUAGAACAGUGGCUGGCUGGCUCUUUCACCGCUUGUCCUGCUCAGGCCAGGUGUCUAGGAAGCACUGUCAGAAAGCCUGUAGACCCUGUCCCAUGCUUCAGUCAGAGUCUGUGGCCUGGGUUGGUUAUGAAACUCAGAUGUAAGAAAGAAAUUCCUGUGUCCGCCUAGGUCUUUCUCUAACCUUCCCAAGAUGGUCACGUUUAGCUUGUAGGUGAUGCUGGAAGCCAGGAUGGUGCUGAUCUAAGGAACUCUAGGGGAUGGUGGUACAUUUCUAUGUAUACAAUUAUUUCCAUUGAAAUAAUCUGCAGCUAACAGUUGGGCAGAUCCAUCUAUAGAUUUUUUAGAGAGCACCUCUGCUUGUACUUUUGUGUGUCUGGACAUAUUUGGGGUUUUUGUGUGUUAACCCCAGUAUGGUGUAGUGGUUAAGAGCGAUAGACUCGUAAUCUGGUG